CACACACACACACACACACACACACACACACACACACACACCGGUGUCCAGUGUGAGGCCACAGCUGGCUUCUUUAUUGCUCUUUCCUCCAAAAUCUCCUCUAGUAUAUUCCCCUACUCUCACUCUUUACCUGCAGCACAGGUAGUUAUAUGCACAUCCCUGGCAUUCCUCCUAUAUUAUGUUAGCUUUAAAUAUCUUGCACUAGAAUUUAUUCAGGGUUGUCUAUAUAUGUUUGUACGGUAGGAUGUUUUUAAAUGUUCAGCUGCAUAUAUCACCAAAACAAAAAUGAUGUUCCUCGUGUAUUUAGAUGUGUCUGGAUGCAAUCCAACGACUCUACUCAUUUAAUGUUCAACGUCAUUUAUAUUCACUUCAUAUUACUUGACGUGUUAAUGGGAGUCAAAAUCACAUUAUCUGUGUGCAGUCAAGUUCAGAGCGCUGAGCUUCACUGAAUGCUGCUGUAGCAGAAAUAGAAGGUGUCACUUACCAAUAACUGUGUCGUAACAUAUUCUGUAUGUACCCUGAUUUUGCUGGAUUCAACGUAUUACAAAGGAAGCAAUGCAAGCCAAAGCCAUAACAAUAGCACAGUCUAAAAGACUAAGAGUGCUGUUGGUGCACCGUGAAGCUAUGCGUCAGGCUAGUUCUUAAACACAGCUUGGGUAUGCAAUACAUUAUUUACAGCUGUGAGGUUUCUUCUUUCCUACUCUUAAAUAUUGUUUCUUAAAAAGCUUUCCCUGGUCUUGCGUUCUGUGAAUCUACCUCUUUUUUUUUUUAAUCCGGUGUGCGAGUGAUCGACCAUUGCAUGCAUUUGACUGCUUAUUGUAAUGUUUAUGUAUGACACUCGUUAUCCUUCAGUUUCCCAUUCGGAGAAAACCCGGUGUGCUUUAACAGAAUGCCGUGUUCACAUGUCGAUGUUGUCAAAGUGGGUUCGCCUGGAAACAUGCUCCAUGUAUCGAUUUGUAUCACUUAAUCAUGCUUUGAACUUAUUUGCACAAGUGUAUGUUAACUUGUAUACAUGUUAUACCUUUUCACCAAAAAAUGUUUGGUGCUUGUAAUCUUAAUGUAAAUCCAAACUUCCAAAAAAAUGCAUAUUAUUCGAGUAGGCUGUCGAGGAUGUCACUUUGCAUGUGUGAAGAGCUAAGCUUGUCUUUGACUGGGGAAGUUUCUCUCGCUGUAGCUCAAAGCUGCUCUGAUGCAAUACUAUUCACUCAAUUCAAUAGGAGGUACUCGGCCUGUAAGAAUGAAUGAUGAAGGCAAUCAUAUCGUGUAUUUCACCUUGAGCGUGAAAAUCUACGGAAGAGCUGUGGUUAUUUAUUUGAAUACAUCUCACUGAAUGCAAUGGUUGGCUUAUGUUAAAGACAGAGAAUGGUGUAGGUCUCGCUGUCUAUGAUUAUUGCACUCGACCGUGGAAAUAUAUUUCCAUCAAUGACUGUUAUAAAUAAACUGCUAUGAAGAAGAAAAAAAACCCUGUUCUCUGAUUAUUAAUCAUUUAUUGUCUCAGUUUUGGAUGAGCUCGUGUUUUGUACGUUCAAAAUGUGUCAUAAAAGGGCCAGACAGGAAAUAGCUGAAAAUGGUCGGUCCCAUGUAGCUCUGGAAGUCGACAAUAAGUGUUACUUAAUCCCACUUUGUGACCCCCUGUAGUGAGGUUACGGGCUGAAAGGAAAGGAAUAGGCGUAUAUAAACCUUGGAAUGAAGUGUGCAGGAGGAUUCACAAAGGACAGCAGAGACAAGAGGAGCCUGCCUGCCUCACGAACAGAAGGUAAGAAAACUAUGACAGUGUUUGGGGGUUAAACUAAAACUUUAACUAUAUGUUAAAACACAAUAUGCUUAUACAAUAUGUGCAGUCUUUCCCCCAUCAGAAUGGCUCCAAAAACCUUGGCCUUGUGUCUGCUACUAGUGGGGGCAAUACUGCCACAGGGCGGCUGUCAGCACUGGUCGUAUGGACUGAACCCCGGAGGGAAGAGGGAUCUGGACAGCCUUUCAGACACACUGAACUAUCUAGUUGAGGCGUUGCCACACGUGGACACACCCUGCAGUGUUUUGGGUUGUGCAGAGGAAUCACAUAUUGCCAAAAUCUACAGAUCGAAACGAUUUCUUGGCAGUGCCAACGACAGGGAAAAUGGACACAUAACGUACUAAAAAUUAUGAUUUGUUUGAUUCUACAAUAAAUAUUAUAUAAGCAUAUCACCAUUGUUGUGGGUGUUGCUCAACAUUAUAUAUUUCCAAAUCAACAACUUACUUAAAAAGUAUAUAUAUACAGAUUCACUGCAAUGUCUUGGAUGAUUUAAUUCCUAACACAAUUCUGAUUUAUUUUCCCAGAAGUUUCAAAUUUCAUGAUGAAUGGUUUUAAUAAAAAUAAACAUAAUACAGUAGCUUGCAGGUGAUGAUGUGUGCAAAUAUAAACUAAUUUGGUGUUAAAUUCAGGAUGUUGGACGGCCUUAUGCACAGCGUGUUUUUGUCAAUAUAACUGCUCGUAAGCAGGAAUACCAGAGAGCAUUUGAAGAUUAUUUAGGGUGACAGCAUUAGUUUUGUGUUUCUAUUAAGAAUAUAGUCUUUUGUCAUUUUUGUCAAAUGACAAGAUUGUUGUACGGGUGACAUGUUUUUUAUAUCACAAACCAGUUUAAAACUUGGGCUGCUGGACCUUUGCGUUUAAAGAAGUGAAGGUGAGGCUUUGGGGUUU